UUAACUAAACUUUUAGGAGAUGGUAUGACAUUUUCUUAUCUUGGCCACCACUUGCGCCACUCUCAAAACGCGCAAAUAAGUUAUAUAAGAGAAGGGCUAAAGUAGGCUAUGAAGUGUGAUAGUUUCUAGAGUAUAUGGCAAUUGCAGCAGCCAUGUGCACCCGUGAAGAAGACGACGACAAGGAUGAACAUGACCAUGACAUGGUAAUGCCCGGUUUUCGCUUCCACCCAACUGAGGAAGAGCUGGUUGAGUUCUACCUCCGUCGUAAGGUCGAGGGAAAGCGCUUCAUUGUUGAGCUCAUAACCUAUCUUGACCUCUAUCGCUAUGACCCUUGGGAGCUUCCUGCCUUGGCAGCUAUAGGAGAGAAAGAAUGGUUCUUCUAUGUGCCUAGAGACCGCAAGUAUCGCAACGGUGACCGACCAAACCGUGUGACAACUUCCGGAUACUGGAAAGCUACUGGUGCCGACCGCAUGAUCCGGACCGAGACGCUUCGUUCAAUUGGACUAAAGAAGACCUUGGUCUUCUACUCAGGGAAGGCUCCAAAAGGAAUCAGGACCAGUUGGAUCAUGAACGAGUAUCGUUUGCCGCACCAUGAAACAUCUGAUCAUCGCUACCAAAAGGUGGAAAUUUCGCUUUGUCGGGUCUAUAAGAGAGCUGGAGUAGUAGAUGACCACUCAUCCCCAAUCAUCCCGCGUACCACGUCAACUCCCAUAUCCAGCCCAUCCUCAUCCAGAGAGGUUCAGUCGUCGUCAGGUGCUAAGAAACAACGCUGCAGCACUAGCACAGUCCAUGGUGCACCACCUGUGAGUUUCCAAGCAUUCGGAGGAGUAGGAGGACAUUCACCUCGGAGGAGCAGGGAGGCAACAGAGAGUAGCAGGUGCAGCGGCAAUGAUGCAGCAAGCACCCCUCUUGGCCAACACAAGCCGGUCCAUAGAUCUAAUUACGCUAGUGAAAUAUCCCCAUUGGCCUCAUUGCUGAUACCAGUUAAUACACCGCAAGAUCAAGAUGUGACGACUGAUCAUGGUCUCCUACGCCAUCAUCAUCAGAAGGAAAUAGGUUCGCUAGUACCAAUAACAAGCUGCACCACCCUCUUCACCUGUUCCUCUUCUGUGCCAGCAGCACCUGCCACUGCAGCAGUAGUAGUCGAUGAUGAGCUUGAGAAACUUGUAGGCUACCAACAAAGAGGUUACACACAUCAUCAGCAGCAGCAGCAGCAGCAACAACAACAACUACAACAACAGUUACAGCAGUCCCAAUUCUUGUCCAUCCCAUUGCCCCCAUGUCAACAGUACCAAUUCCUCUCCAUACAGCCAUUACCACCCCCAUGUCAACAAUCACAAACACUAGCAGCAGCUCUCAACAGCACGUUGCCCGCCAAUUCAUUGCCGACAACCUUCUCUGACAAGAUGAUCUGGGAGUGGAAUCCGAUCCUGGAGGCUGCUAACACAGAUUACGCCACAAGUCCUUAAUUUCAAAUAGAUGAUAAACAAAACUAUACUGCAGAUACAGACGGCUACAGACAUAGACACAUUUUUAAUAAAUAUUUUGCUCAUUACUUAUUAGUAAUUACCUCUUUAAAUCUUAUGUAGUCUUCUCUAAGACUUGUUAAUUAGCGUCCAGCACGAAUUGAUGAUGUUGAUUCAAAGUGCAUGUAGUGUUGUUUUAUAAUAUAGGGAUUGAUCCAUCUAUCUAUACAUCCAUCCAUCUAGCUGCAAGAUUUUAUUAACGAAUAAUAGUUAUUGCUUUCCAGUAAUUAAAAUUGUGUUCACGAUCAA